AUGUCAGACUCGGACGGCGAGUUCGUCGCCGACGACAUGUCGGACGACGACCUGAUGGACCAUCAGGUUACGAAACCAGGAGACCCAAACGACCCUAAAGGAGGUCGGCGGCGGGGUAAGAAAGGUGGACAAAAAGCGGCGUGGGAGGACGUCAAGAGGAGCUGGGACACAGUAGUUGAGGGGCAGGACGGCAGCCUGUCGAUCGCCGAGGUGAUUGAAGCCCAAAAGCGCAAGCGGCUGCUGCGGGACACGACACCUCUAGAACGAGGUAUCAUUCGGCACAUGGUGCUCGUCAUUGACAUGUCGUUCGCCAUGGCAGAGAAGGACUUGCUGCCUACCAGGUACCGCUUGACGAUGACAUACGCGGCCGAGUUUGUGAAAGAGUACUUUGAGCAGAACCCCAUUUCGCAGAUGGCCGUGAUAGGUAUGAAGGACGGCGUGGCAGUCAGCGUCAGCGAAAUGAGCGGUGACCCGGCAGGCCACCUGGAGAAGCUGGCGAAGUGGAGGGAGGAGGAUCCCAAGGGUAAUCCAAGCUACCAGAAUGCCUUGGAGAUGUGCCGGGGAACCUUAUUUAACACGCCUUCUCAUGGGACGCGAGAGGUUGUGAUCGUCUCUGGCGCCAUUUUAUCUAGCGACCCGGGCGAUAUCAACGAAACUAUAGUAAGCCUAAUACAAAACAAUAUCCGCGUCUCCAUCAUCGGCCUCGCUGCGUCUGUCGCCGUAUGUGAAGACAUUUGCAAACGAACCAACGCCGGCGAUACAACGCAAUACAAUGUCGCUAUGCACGAGCAGCACUUUCGCGAGCUCCUCCUCGACAAGACGACGCCACCCGUCACCCGCACCGAGGAGCAAAAUGCUGCCAGGAAGGGUACCGCUGUACCCGCUGCGGCACCAAGGUCUGCCGCCUCCCCGCCGACUGCCCCGGCUGCGGGCUCACCCUCAUCCUCUCCACCCACCUGGCCCGGUCCUACCACCACCUCCUCCCCUCCGCAACUUUGUCGAAGUCCCUUGGUCCGACGCCUCCAGGUCCGUGGCCUGCUUCGCCUGUCAGGCCCCCUUCCCCGAACCCCCAAAUCCAAAAGCGGCGCCCCCACAGAUCAUGCAACCACAAAACCCCCAGAGGUCAAGGGCGUCAGUGAGAGCGGCCGCUACGCGUGCACCAAGUGCCACAGUCACUUCUGUGUUGACUGCGACGUCUUCUGCCACGAAACGAUCCACAACUGCCCUGGCUGCGAGGCAGGUCUCCGCAGAGUCCCCCAAGACGCGCAAGGCGGAAACCAACGGCAAUUCUGUCAAAUCAAGUUCCGCUAA